AUGCCACGUGGAGGACUUGAACGCAUUUAUAUCGGAGGAAACUGCGUCUCUUUUUUUUUGGCGUUUAACGAGUUGUGGGACGCCGCAAUAGAAGGGCGGCGAGUGAUGACACCGGAGGACGCCAUGACGAUGCUUGGCCUCACCCCGCAAGAGCUGGAUGCGCAGUGGUGGGCCAGCAAGUCGUGUGCGCGGCUCGAGUACGGCUUCUACGUUGCCUACUUUGAACAGGAGCAGAUGUACGUUAUCAAUGGCUUCUACCCGCGGCUGCUGGAGUCUUUCACUGCCCCCGACAGUCAAACCUGUGUUUUUGUGCUCUCCUGGCCGGAGUCAAGGUAUACGUGGAAUAGUUUUCGCCUGGAGGUGGUUGGCGCAGUGGACCCCAGCGCGGCGGAGCCAACGUCGCUGCGUCGUCUGUUGUACGAUCACUGGCGGGAGUACGGGCUGAGCAAGGAGCCGAGCCUGACGGACAACGGCCUGGAUACUGCCAGCGGCCCGCUUGAGGCAAUGGCCCACCGCUUUGUGUGGAUGCAUCGUCGCGCCACGGAGGACGACUUUGGACGUGCGCUCCUUCGCGAGGGCGUCUCACAGGAGUUUCUUGAGCAGCUGGUGAAGAACCCCACCGUGACAUACUGCGGGAAAAGUCGACCGGUGUUUGAGCUUUUUGAGAAUAUGCAGAGCAGCGAGGUGCUGCACCACGUCUCAGUGCUUUUUGACGCAGAGACGCUGAAGCGCGCCAACAGAGUGGGGGCUGGGUUAGGCGCAACCGCCACCGUGUCAGGCACCGCGGACUGGACGAUUGUGCUCGACGACGAGGAUGCCGAGGAAAAGCGAAACCGAGCGCUCUUGUUUGUAAAGCCGCACGCCAACACGCCGGAAACGCGGGCACUCGUGGAGGAGCGUGUCAUGCGUGUUCAGGGAGUGCAGCUCGUUGCUCAGCGCCACGUUUCCGGUACUGAGAUUGCCUCGCAGCAGAUGAUGUACAAACACUACCGAACCAUAGCCCGCUACGCCGUCAAGGUGCCGCCGAUGUCUAUCAACGUUGGGACGCAGAAUAGAGCCAUGUUCCAGGAGGCGUUUGGUAUCGCUUGGAAGGACGCACUGCGUUCGGGUCGGGUUUGGAAUGCGGAGACGGCCAUACACACCCUUGGUGAAGUCUCCGCCGAGGAGCUUAACAUGAUGUGGGGAUCCGCCACAAAGACGCUGAAGCUCGCUCCAGGGGCAUAUGUGGCAUACUUUGCCCCCGAGAACGUGUAUGUUAUCAAUGGGUUUUACCCCUACUUGCGCGACACGUAUGGCGCGGAAGACGCGAACGUGACGUGUUACAUUGUCACCUGGCCAGAGGCGCGCAUGACAUGGCGGGCCUUCCGUGAGGAGUUGGUUGGAAGCACGAAUCCCAGCAACGCACCCCCCGACAGCCUGCGUGGGCUGAUACGCGACCGAUGGCAAGAGUUGGGCCUGCGCUACCCACCGACGACGACGGACAACGGGGUUCACGCGUCCGCAGGGCCGUUGGAGGCGGUGCUGGAGCGUCAUCUCUGGAUGCGCACCCCGCUCUCCCACGACCCCCUCACGCUGCGAUUGCAGGGGUGCGGUCUUACAGGGGCACUUCUUUACCGAUGGGGCUCAAACCAGGAAGUGACGCUGGGGGGCAAGUGGCUGUCGAGUUGUGUGUUUGACCUGCUUGAGAACAAGCAAACAUCCGAGAUGGUGGACAUCAUGCGGGAGGCGGAGCAACAGGUCAUGGCUGUAUACACGGAAACCCCCACGAACCGUGCAGUGGUGAUGCUUAAGCCCUUUGCAGUGAGCGAGUGCGCCAUCGAGCGGGUGCGACAGGCACUCAAUAAAGCUGGCGUAGUGGUGCAGCAGGAGUUGUCCAUCUUCAGCACGCGAGCGGUGGAGUGCUACCUCAACGGUGCAGCGUUCCGCACCGUCGCCCAGCUCGCCGACGUUACCGCUUCCACUCUGCAAGAUGAAAUCAGCGCCGACCUUAAGGACCGUUUUCGGGAGGUCUUUCACGUCACCUGGGACCACAGCGUGGCCGAUGGGAAACUGAUGGGUGCCAUCGCCGCGUGUGAGGAGUUUAAUCUCUCCCCAACGGAGCUCUUGCGGCUGUGGGAUGCGUCGAGCUCAAAGAAACUUGGGCGGGGGUUGUACGUGGCAUUCCUGAAAUCGCAUGACGUCUUCGUUAUCAAUGGAUUCGUGCCCUUUGUUCGAGAGAGCUACGGAAAACCGGGUAGCCGCGUGUAUGUCUUUGAGGUGGAGUGGAAGGAAAGCACAUGGACGUGGAAGGAAUUUUGUAAGAUGCUGAUUGGCGAUCCUGUCAGCCCUCAGGCCGCCGCUCACGGCAGCCUGCAGCGCACCUUUGCGGAGGAGUGGAAGUUUCUUGGUCUGCAGCUGGAGCCGGUUUCUCGGGCGACGAGUGCGCUCUACGCAUCGGAGGGCCCUUUAGAGGCAGCUGCCGACCGCGAGAUGUGGCUGGAGGCGGAGUUGCCGGAGGACCCGUUUGUGCAGCAGUUGUUGCUCGAUGGUGUGCCGCUUUCACUACUGCUCCCUUACGUCCGGAACGAGCACCGUGACAAUCCCGCCUUACAAACUCCUCAGCACGUGGAGGAUGAAGAGCAGCAGCAGACGCAUCAGACACAUUGGAUGCAACCGGGCCAAGCGGGCAGUGAGAUGUUGUGUUAUACGCGGCAGACGUUGUCGAGGCACCAGCAGAGCAGCGAGGUCAUUCGCCGUAUUAAGGCGCUUACCUCGCAGUUUCUGCGAGCUAUAAAAAUGAAUUAUGCCUUUGUUUGGGUUAAACCUCAUGCAGGCACCCCGGAGGUGGUGGAAUGGGUGCCCUCCGCCUUGCAAGAGCAUCGUCUCGAGGUGAUCGCCUCUGGACACUUGAUGAUGGAGGAGGUGAUUGGGAAACACCUCGUGGAUCAGCAGUAUGAAGCUCUUUAUCGCAACGCCAUGGGGCGCAGCAUCAAGGAUUUACCCAUCACGAUGAAGCAAAUGGUGGAGUUUGAACGCACCUUUGGUAUCACAUGGAGCACAGCUGUAAACCUUCACAUGAUCAUCAACGCCGCGGAGGCGGAAGGAAGAAUGGGGCUUGUGGACUUGUUGAAGGCCUGGGACGAGGCUCCUCGCAAGGCCUGUCUCUCCUCUAGCCUUUACGUGGCCUACCUUGAAGCGGAGGGCCUCUACGUGGUCAACGGAUUCUACCCCUACCUCCGUGCUCGCAUGUACACCGGCCCGCGCAUCUACUGGUACGUGGUGAUGUGGGACGUGGACAUUAUGACAUGGGACGAUUUCCACAACUACGUCAUUGGAGGCGACGUCCCGGCCACGGCGGAGACGGCCUCGCUGCGGAACUCGUUGUGGGCCUCGUGGGUGGAGUUGGGUCUGCAGCAGCCGCCUGACGGCGUUGACAACGGGUUUCACGCCUCCGCCUCGCCCAUCGCGGGAGUCGCCGACCGUGUCGCAUGGCUUGGAACGAACGUGGAGGAGGACGUCUUUGGCCGGCUUCUCAUUCAGGGAGGGGUGAACCCCGAGUACUUGCGUGCAAUUCUGCAAAACCCGUUGGUACGUCACCGCGACGAGCCGGUAGACGCGGUAAGUGAUGUGCUUGAUAAACUCUGCACUGAGAAUCCGCUCUUGGUGGCGCAGCUGGUUGGCCUUCAGUCGUCUGGCGGCAUGCACCUCGUCUCCAAGAGCACUGACUCCAUUGCGGCAAUUCCCAAACCGCCGUCCUCCGCUGUGGGGUGGCCCGGCCAUAAGAAUGACGUGAAGGAGCGCUGCAAUGAGCAGGCAGUCGCGAAGGAGUGUCAACUCAAUGAAUUGGCAGGUGUCACUUCUUCUUGUUCUGCAGCAGCCGCUGUUGCCGACGCCACUGUGAUAUUAAGGCGUAACUACGCCUUUCUUUUGGUAAAUCCCAAAUGUUUGUCUACUGAAUCUGAAGGACUCGCGGCGGCGUACAUCACAGACUUUCUGCAGCGUCACAAGGUACAGGUUGAGGCGGGAGGAAGCAUAAGAACCAUUGCGCCAGCUGUGCAACACGUGGGAGACAAAUUUCAAGCAGAUAUUCUUUGGUACGCUGUGAAGCGGAUACCUUCACAGUAUGCCCUUGACGGGGAUGCAAUGUAUGCUUUUCAGACAACCUUUGGUGAAAGGUGGAAUGCUAGCAAGGUUCGAAAUGCUGUGGAUGUGGCUGUGGAAUUUAAUUUGUCUGCGCUGCGUCUGAAGGAGCUUUGGGAUGCUUGUGAGCCGCGAACGCGCAUUGCUCCCUCACUCUACAUUGGGAAGAUGCCAAACUCCGGUUUGUACCUUGUCAACGGAUUCGCACUGCACAGCAUCGAGGUGUUUAACUUGGCGACUUCCGUGAAGCGGUAUUUCCUGCUUUCAUGGGACAACGCUGACGCCGAUUAUGCUGCCUACAUAGGACAGAUUAUUGGGGACCCAUACGUGGAGGCGGCAGAGCCUGGUAGUCUGCAACGGAGGCUUUGCGAGGAAUGGAAAAGUGCUGGAUUCCAAUGUCCACCUGACCCUUUUGAGGGGGCUGUAAUGACAUCCACGAGUGCCCUGGAGGCCAUACAUCAACGACAGCUGUGGCUCUCGCUGGGUUUGCAGUGCGACCCGGUGGGCCGGGUUGCAGUGAAACAGUUAGGCGUCUCACCGUAUGUGUUGCGCCGGACGGUGACAAACCCACCCUUACCAUGGGGCGACGGGCGCCGCUUGUUCGAGACCGUACGUGGACAGGGUUCCGCGGCGGCGCUCGAGCUACUUAAGGCUGAGGACACCCGUUGUCGUGCUGAGCUGCCACGCAACUCUGCCUUUCUGCUUGUCAAGAGUCACGCAUUGUGCCGUCCCUUCGCCAUGACGAUCGAGAUGGCGCUUUCAAAUGCAAAGGUGCGUGUCGAUGAGGAGGGGGAUAUAAGUGGUGCUGUGGUACGGGGGAGGGGGCUCGUACAUCACCUGUACGCCACCGCCUCCAAGUAUGCAGUGGGGGAUGUGUCAGCCAUCCACCUAACCCAGGAGGAGCGUGACAGGGCGCGUCGGGAGUUUGGCGUCGCCUGGGAUAAGCUUGUGGACGGAGGUGUUGUUGUGAAUGCGUACCGGGCGUUGGAGGUGCUUGGUGGGGUGACACCGCAGCACCUGUACGAGUGCUGGAAAAACUCUACUCGGAAGUUGGUGAUUCGUUCGGAUUUGGUAGUUGCGGAGCUUGUAGGAAGCGGCAUCUUUGUUGUGAAUGGUUUUUUCCCGGAGCUGAAGAACUCCCUCGAGUCUGCCACUUCCCUGCUUCACUGGUACAUCGUCUCAUGGUUUGAGGAGGACAUGCAUUGGCCAGUGUUUCUCGAGCGGGUCAUCGGUGACGACUGCCCAAAAGCGGCGGCGCCGCAGAGUAUUCGUGGGCAGCUUUUUCAACGAUGGAGGGAGUUUGGUCUUUCCAUGGCGCCGGACACCGUGCACAACGGGCUGCACGUCAGCCAGGGUGCGCUGCAGGCGAUGCGAGAACGCGUCAGGUGGGUUAACUGUGCGCUGGCCGAGGACUACCUUGGUGACAUCCUGUUGCGCCAGGGUGUGCCGGAACGGGUUCUGCAGGUGUGGCUUGACAACCCGGAGGUCACCUCCGGUGGACGUGAGGCGGGCGUCUUUGAACACCUGUUACACUGUGACACCUCCCGCCUGCUGGUGCUGCUGACGGCCCUGACAGAGGAGCUGUGUCGCGCGGAAACUGAGGGGACGACGGCGGACACUGCCCACAUUCCGCUCGUGGAUGACAAUGGCGAGGCGGGCGCGCCGCCACCGGACUGUGUACAAGAGUUCAAUGUGAGUGGAGCUGAGAGCAAGGGCUCGACGUUGGGGCGCUUGUUGGACGAGACGGACGAGAAGGAUGUGACGCUGCUGUUUCGCAACACUGCCGUGAUUCUUUUGAAGCCUCACACCUCCAAUAAACAUUGCCUCAUGGAGUUUGUGGAGCGCCUCCUUGCCGAGAAACACAUCCGCAUCAGGCAGGAGUUCCAUAGGCAAAGCUGUGCCCGCCUUGUCGAUAGGCACCUUUCUUCCUCCAUGUACUACGCGAUGCAUCAAUACCACACGUCUCUCCCAGAGGUAACGGAGGCGGGUCGCGCGCGCUUCCACGAAGUUUUUGGCGAGGAUUGGGAUUAUGCACUCACCUCGCAGCGUGUGAUGGGGGCCUUCGCCGCUCUCAGCGCCUUUUCUAUGACCCCAUCCCAACUCUACGUGAAGUGGUCCGUUCCAGAGCCAGAGCACGUGCAACUUGCCUACGACAUGGAGGUGGUGAAGUUCCACGCAGAGGACGUCUAUGUAGUUAAUGCACUUGUUCCGCUUGAGCGGGAACGUAUGCUUCAGAUGGGACGGGAAGCGCCCAACAUUCACGGCUAUGUGGUGAGCUGGGACCAGAGAGAGUGCAGCUGGCAUACAUUUCUGCAUGAAGUGAUUGGCGACCCGGAUCCGGCUAAUGCUGCUGAAGCGUCCCUGCGUGGCCAACUGUACAACGACUGGGAAAAACUUGGUCUCCCCUCCAGGCCUAACCGCAUCGACAAUAUUGUUCUUGCAAGUGGCGGUCCACUACAGGCAUUCAUGGAACGAGAGCUUUGGUGCAGUACUAGCGAUUUGCUUCCCGAUCUCCUUGUGCGAGCCCUCUGCUAUUUGGAGCAUGAUCCCAGCCAGCUCCUCGAGUGGAAGGACAAUCCGCUGGUGCAGUACACAAGCCGCACACUGGACGCACCUUCCGUGACGAAGCGUAUGUUUGAUUUUACGCAUGAAAUGGACACCAGAGAGUUUGUCGAUUUUAUGGCUGAACAAGACGGCUUUUUUAUUCCCAUUGCGUUUCCGACUGAGGAGGAGGUGGUGCUGAAGCGGCCUGCUGAGAGACGUCCAAGGAUACCUGUUAAAAAGGACGCUUAUCGUUUGGACGUACUACCGCUUUACUAUCCAAAUAGCACAAAACCGGAUGCUUGGCUCCAGGAGGCUCUGUUGAACGCGGAAGAGGAUGAUAUGGUGCGUCUCUGGGAAUACUAUGGCGGAAGUGCGGACUGGGAGGAGGGGGAAGCGGCCAGCGUGGGUGACGAGCUGGUGCGCACGGCCACAGGUUCGCAUGGAAGACUGCGAGGUACAAUCAACGGUGAGGCCUUUCGGCGAGAUAUUGAGGCCUUGGACUUCUUUGGGCUUCCGCUCGCCAAGUGCCAGGUGAAGAAAUUGUUUGAUGGAAUGACCUGGCGCGGGGACGGACGCGCAACGUACGAGGAGUUCCGCAUAGCGAUGGCGGUGCUGCACCAGAUGUAG